AUGGUGCUUAUGCGUCGCCGUGACAAACGGCGUGGUAAUGAAGCUGAGGAGAUUGUAGUGGCAAGUGAUUCAUCGAUUGGUGCCAAUCGGGGUGUGCGUUCGUUGGGUGGUGCACGCUCCGGCCGCUUUGCUGCUGAUAUGCGUGUGAGUGUAGGAGGAUAUGGUCGAGCUGACAAGACGUGGGGUGUGGAUCACCCGUGGCACUCAACAGAAGAAGGUGAUUUGUUCUCUCAAUUGUGUGCAAAGGAUCAUAUGGAGGAAGGUGCAUUGGUUCAUGAGCAGACGUUGGAAGAGCCUGUGCUUGGUCUUAGUCGGGCGCAGCUGAAGAAGCGCAAAACAAAGCUCAAGAAGAAAGGAUUAACAGCAAAGCAAGCAUCUGAGAAAGCUUUACAAGAUGCUGAAGAAGCUAAGAAACGUUAUGAGGAGGAACAGAAGCGACAAGAAGAGCAAAUGAUCAAGCAACAGGAAGCUGCCAAGAAGAAAAAGCAGGAGAAGAAAAAGGAACAGGAACAAACGGAAGUGACAGGUAUUAAGCGAGAGAAACGCAAAAAGGAGAAACAAAAGAAGAAAGAGAAGAAACAAGCAGCAGUUAAGCAAGCGGAACAACAGACGUUAGAGCAGCAAAUGGGGAUGAAGAAUCGGGAAGUACUUGCUGCUGCUUACGAGGAGAACGUUGGAAAUGAAGUGACUACGCAAAGUGGAUUGGUAAUUCAAGAUCAGUGUAUUGGACAGGGUAAAUUGCCAUUAUGUGGCGAGAUGCUCACGGUCAAGUACCGUGGUCGACUUGGACGGGAUGGGCUUGUGUUUGGCAAGGGAAUGCUCACGAUGACAUUUGGCACUGACUCAGUCAUUGCUGGAUGGGAAGAAGGUCUUGCUACAAUGCGACCCGGUGGUGUACGGAUGCUAACGAUUCCACCUGAGUUGGGCUAUGGAGAGAAAGGCAAAGGCGACAAGAUUCCGUCAAACUCGACGUUGUACUUCGAAGUAGAGCUAGUGCGAAUCGGCAAACGUAAACGAGAGACCAUUGGCGAAGAUGAUAUCCCGCUGCCCAGUUCGUUCCAGCGCAAGCGCAUCCAAUCGAGACCUGACGACCAUGAAAACGACGACGGUGAUGUAAAAUUGUCCAAGAGCCAACUCAAGCGACGACGUCGGAAUCGCAACAAGAAUCGAAGUCUGGCGAUUGAUAGAAUUUGA